AGGUUCAAAGACUAUGCUGCUAUUUACUUCAGAGAAAGAGGCGAUAAAGGAAAAAUAAGGUGGCGAAGAUGUCAAAAGUGUCUCUUGAGGAUAUAAUCACUGAAGAUGACAGAAGGCCACGUUGGCAAAAUAAGACUCAAUACCUUUUAAGCUGCCUUGGAUUUGUUGUAGGCUUUGGAAAUAUGUGGCGUUUUCCCUAUUUGUGCCAAAUUUAUGGCGGAGGAGCAUUCUUGAUUCCAUAUGCCAUUGCUCUGGUGUUUGAAGCAAUCCCAAUAUUUCAUCUUGAACUAGCUGUUGGACAGUUCUUGAGGAAAGGCAGCGUUGGAGUCUGGACUCAUAUUUCACCCUAUCUAGGAGGAAUUGGCUAUGCUUGCAUGAUGACAUCAUUCAUAAUCGGCAUGUAUUAUAAUAUGAUUGUUGCCUGGGUGCUGUGGUACCUGGGAAAUUCUUUCAAAGAGCCCUUGCCUUGGACCAUCUGCCCGCAAGUUCCCAGCAACAUGGAGACCAACAAGGAAUGUGAGCAGAGCAGCGAAUCAAAUUACUUUUGGUACAGAUACACACUGAACAUCAGCACGGACAUCACACACACUGGCCCUUCGGCUUGGUGGUUGAUCGCCUCUUUGGGCAGUUCCUGGAUCAUUGUUUACGUCUGUACAAGACAAGGAAUUGAAUCAAGUGGAAAGGCAAUUUAUAUUAUAAUCUCUUUUAUAUAUAUAAUUCUAACUGUAUUCCUUGUUUAUGGUCUGACUCUCCCAGGAGGUAUUCAAGGGCUAAUUCGUCUGUUCACUCCUGAUUUCACAAUCCUAAAAAAUCCACGUGCCUGGCUUGACGCAGCCACCCAGAGUUUCUUCUCCCUUUCUUUAGCGGGUGGAGGACAUAUAGUAUAUUCAAGCUUCAAUCCACAAAAAAAUGACUGUGAAAGAGAUUCUCUCAUAAUAGCCGCAGUGAACAGUUUUACAUCUAUAUAUACCUCACUUGUCAUCUUUUCAAUUCUUGGGUUCAAAGCAACAAUAGGCUACUUGCAAUGUGUGGAUAAUAAUAUCGAAUUACUCACAACAGCAUUCCAUUUGAUGGACCAAAGCAUUUCAAGAGAGAACUAUACACUUUGGCUCGAAUCUCUGCUCCAAGCUGCUCCAUCAAGAGUUGCUGCUCUCAAGCUGAAAACAUGUGAUUUUGACCAACUUAUUGAUAAGACUGCUUCUGGGCCUGGCUUGGCCUUUAUUAUAUUCACUGAAGUUGUCACAAGGAUGCCUGGAGCCAAUAUUUGGUCAAUUCUAUUUUUCCUCUUGCUCUUCUGCCUGGGACUGUCUUCUAUGUUUGGACUCGUUCAGAGCAUCGUCACUCCUUUCAUAGAAAUUCCUCUUGUGUCAAAAUACUUACACAAAGAAGUUUCUUGUGGUAUAAUAUGCUUUACUUCCUUUUUGUUGGGUCUCCUUUUCACAACACGGUCUGGAAUUUACUGGCUUGCAGUGUUUGAUAGCUUUGGAGGAAGCAUACCGUUGCUGAUCAUUUCUUUAUUUGAAAUAUGCAGCAUUGUAUAUAUUUAUGGACUGAAAAGGUUCUGUGAUGAUGUGGAAUGGAUGAUUGGAAGGCCAGUAAAUUUCUACUGGAAAGCAACCUGGCAGUUUAUCAGCCCCGCGCUAAUGAUUUCCGUCUUUCUGAGCUAUCUAGCUAUUGAGCGGCCAUCAACCUACAAAACGUGGAAUCCAAGCUAUGAAGACUUUCCUUCAAAAGAGUUGAAAUUUUAUCCACGCUGGGUUUUAAUCAUUGGUGCCUUGCUUGUGGUCCUACCGUGCUUAUUUAUUCCAAUGGGAGCCAUUUGGCAUCUUAAGGAAGUACUGCUGAAAAUGAGGGAGAAGCAAGUCCUUCAUCCAUGUGAAAGCACUGAAGGCAACUUAUGCUCUGGGACUCUAUCGGCCGAUUCCAGUGAUCCAUAGUAAACCAGUAAUUCAGAUUAGCCAGAGAAAAAGUAUACUAAGGCAAUCUAUGAAAAUUAAGUAUACACUGCCUAUAUAAAUUUCUGUAGCAUUCUAAGGGAAAGUUGUAAAAGUAUUUCAAAUAAAUACCCUUUAUACAGUAUUAUAUUCUGUAUAAAUGCUAAAAGUUUUCAAGGAAUUGUUUUAAACAUUUCUCCCUGUUUUUAACUGAGAAGAUGAUCAGAACCCUAGAUUUACAAAAGACAAAGUAUAAAAAUUACAGGGAAGAGUAAAAAAAUAUAUAUAAUCAAGUAAAUAUAUUCAUACACAGCCAGUUUUUAAAAUGACCACUUGGAAAGAAAUGGAUCAGUGGCUGAUGAGUUAAUUUUUGUGAACUACUUUCUGGGCCGGGCCAAAUGAUCUAGUGUGGCUUCGUGUUGUCUUUUUGUGCUGCAGUUUGAGAGAAUGGAAAUACCCAUCUUGUCAGCUUCCCUUUUUGGUAAAGUAGGGUUGGACAUGAAACAU